UUCAUUUAACUUUCUUAAUAACCGCGAAAUCAAGUUUUAGGGACGGAGGGAAUAUUACUUUUGGAAUAACUCGAUUUUCAUGUCCCCUUAUAAAUAAACAAGCCUGAAAACACACAAAUAAAAGACGAACAAAGAAUAAGAACGCAGCACAGCAGCAGUCCGACGAAGCCCGAGUUUCUGAGCGGUAUGGAGGAGAUUGAGAUAAGUGAUUUGGAUUAUGUAGAGAGGGGCUCCUCUACUUAUGAAGCGUGGGGUGAUAAUGAGCCUAACUCUGGUCUAACAACAACACCAUUACUUGAGGUAUUCUCCGUUAGCGUCCGGCCAUUCGAUUCCGAAUCCGAUUCAUUUGGAUGUCAAGUCUAUGGCACCAUUAAGGUCACUAAUGGGUUAGGUCAUGCUUUUGAUGUCUACAACCGCGAUCGCGACAACCCCGAGUUAAUCGACCUUGAUACACACAACUAAUUCUUGACCUUAACCGGACCGAAAGAUGGGCGUGUCAUUCUUAAGAAACAAAACCCAAGACGAUGUUGUGAUUGCUCAAGGGAAAUUGAAUUUAGAUUACAAGAAUAGCUUCUACACAGAACACGGGGCGGAGAAUGUUGGUUUUGUGACAUUGCAUUAUGCCACUUUCCCUUAUGCUGUGGUAGCUACUGUGGAGGUGGUGUUCUUCAGCAAAUAUGAUGGUUAUGAUACGAUAGACUAUAAUCGUGAUGAUUAUUAUGGUGAUUAUGCUGUUUAUGAUACUUCUGCAUAUAGGAAUGGCAUGGAUGAAUCUGCUGAUGUUUAUGGGACUGUUGCUGCACAUACCAGUUUUCCUGGCAGUGGCUCAAAUGAUGGAGAUAAUUCGAGUAUACUUCUAAAUUUGUCGCGUGAUCAAUGUGUACCGGUCAAGUCUAGGAGUUUUAUUGAGCUAUCAAGAUCCGUGGUGGCUGUGCCAGUUCACUCGAAGAGUUGCCCCCUCAAUAUUCUUGUAAAUUUCGCAUACAGCAGUUAUGGAAGCAAACUAGCUGAGGGGGUUUUACAAUUUUCUGCUCAUGAAAGUGGAGUGGAUAAGAAGGAUGUAGUAGGAGAAAAUGGGCGUAUACGAGUACGAGUCAAUUGGGGUGAUGCAUAUCAGCAACGUUACAGAGGAAGUGAUCUGAAACCAAUCACUGAGACAGAAGCAGAAGAGCUAAUCAAAAAGACAGAAAACAAGUUACCACAAAGUCCAACUAGUUCCUGGCUUGCAAGACCAAUUCAUAUUUUGGAGGUGUUUUCAUUUGGUAUAGGUAGAAAUGAUUUGCAGCCUCCCUUUAAAAUCUGUGGCACUAUCAGACUUCCUUUUUAUCCUCUUUUUCACAAAGAUGAGAGCUCCCCUCAGAUCUGUAAUGACAAUAAACUUGAGGUCAGAUAUUGUGAUGACCAAGCAAUGUGGGCGUUUGAUGAUUUUGGCUUUUAUGUUGACAUAAGAGAUGUUGAGACUGAUUUUCGCGUUAAAGGACAAUGUGCAUGGCCAUCCCGCUAUCUUGAGUCAUGGUUUGACAAGCGUGUAUGCUCCUUUAUUCGAGGGGAUCAUGGAUAUGUUGCAGUGCAUUUCACUGUUAUUUACGAGGGAUUACAAGCUCAAUUCAACAUUUUUCUCAAAAGGAUUAAUAUUAAUAAUGACACUUUGGACUUGUCAUCCAGCAAACUAUAUGGGAGUAUUGUGGCUCAGUAUAGCAACCAUGAUUACUCAAACGUUUACGAUGAGAAAUAUUAUCAGAGUGUUCUCUUUGAAAGCAACACAGAUAAUCCAGUCAAACUUAAUGAAGAUGGAUUGUUGCCGCUCUCAAAAUCUCUAGUUUGUGUUCCAAUAAAGUCUUCCCUAAUUAUCAAAGCAAACUUAACAGUUGAUGGUGUUGGUGUUGAUGUUUUGCAGGGCAUUGUAGAAUUUAAUGCUGUUGACGGUCCAUCUUCUAAGGGGAUUUGUGGACACAAGCACUGUGUUAAUAUAUUGGUGAAUUGGCCUCCAUUUUUCUAG